CCGCCGACCUUCGUGCAGUGUGUACCGUGUGUACGUGGAACGUCAGUUUUCGAGUGUACGGUUUAUUUCCAUCGCUCUCUCAGUUACCGGUGGUCAUUUUCCUUCUAGAAGGAACGGUACGAUCAGUCGGUUUGCGAACGCGAUAUCGGCGUCAUCGAGAUCUCGCGAGAAGCGUCGGUUGAAACGUAUUCGAACAGGAUUUUCUCGAAAUCCGUGAUCGCGUGUGUUGGCAAAGUUCGUGUUUAAAACUCGAAGAGGAAGAAAAUGACUUUCGCGGAAGGUGACUGAACGGUUAAGCGGUUGGUUUAUCGGUUGACGCGAGAAAGACGCGCGACGAGUGGUAUUUGAAAUCCCGAGUAAACACGCAGACUCCGAAGCGAGACGAAGAGUUUCUGUUUGACGACAAAUAUCGUGGCGGAUCGGUCUUGCCCGUUCGUGCUCGAACGGGAGUCUUCGUGUUCCCCUUUGAACGUUAAUAGUGCCGACCGGGAAAGAUCGUUUUUCUUUCGUGGAAAAAGCUGCCGCGAACCGUGGGGACGUAACCUUCUCUCGAGGAGCCGGUCAUGGCGGUUCUCUCGUUCGAAAAGCACGGACCGUGAAGCGUUCUCGUGGGACCGCUGAUAAACUCGAACUCGAACGAUCAAAAUGACACCGACGGAGCUGAUCGUUUUGUCGAUCCUGACCACGGUCUGUGCCAACGAACUCAAGGACUACUGUUCGAUGCACAAGUUCGACAAUUUACCGGGUGGCCUGAGGUUCACGAAGGAAGUGGUGACAACGGAAUAUGGAAACAUCGGCGCGUUCAAAGCGUUGCAUUGCUGCUUGCGAGGAUACAGGAGCAUCGAAUGGUACAAGGAUAACAGGCCUUAUCCUUGGCCAGGUGGCGACAGUCACUUCAUCCUGUAUCCAGAAAGCGCGAACCAGACGAUUUACGCGCAGAAGGUGAGAGCGUCGGAUGCUGGACGAUAUUCCUGUCGAGCGAGGAACGACACGACCAUCCUCGAAGGAGAUAUCACUCUUGCUGUUCUCGGAGAGAAGUCCGGCGGAUAUACGGGUAAACCACUGCCGACGUACAAGCCAACCUCGCAAUUGGUUCCCUUGGGAGGUGCAGCGAGAUUGUUUUGCGAAGCUUACCUGGGAAAAGUCGAGCUUCCGGACGCGAAAAAUUCGGUCACCUGGUCGAAAAGCGACAGCAACGUGACGUUACCGAGUCAAGGGAGGAUCGCUCAGCACAGGGUAUCUAGGGAAAACAAUCAGAUCAUCGGUUCUUACCUGGAAAUCGAAGACAUAACCCUGGAGGAUUACGGGGAGUACAAGUGCGAAGUAAGCAACGGCGUGGACGAGGAGAUCACGUUGGCCGCUCACGUUUAUCGACAAGAGCCACAGUUCGCGUUAGGACUUCAGAAUGGAUCUUGGAGGAAAUCGUUCCUGGUCGGCGUACUGGUGCUGGUUCUGCUGAUCUCAGCCGGUGCCAUUUACGCUCGGUGCUGGCUGCCGUUGGUUCUGCUUUGUCGUGACAAAUUCGCCCCUCUCGAGGAGAAUGACGGCAAGGAAUGCGACGCUUUGGUGUGCUACCACGAGAAGGAUUCCAAUCUGGUCAUCGGUAUAGUGAUACCGACCCUAGAAUCGAGGCAUCGUUACAAGUGCACGUCGCUGGAGCUCUCUCAGCUGAAUCAAAACUGGGGAUUGGAGAUCGGACCGCACGUCGCAGCGAGCCGAAGGGUCAUCGUCGUCCUCAGCCCCGACUCGUUAGGCAACGCCUGGAACGAGAGCACUGUAGGUGCCGUCCUCAAACAACUGUCCUUCUCCGUGCGAACGAUAGUCAUCGUCACGAAGAAACUACCUAACGCGACCACGAUCGCGAAGAGAUCGACUCGGGGCUGCGAGGAGCCCUCACUCGACCGCCUCACCAUUUUGAAAUGGAACGAAAACGUUCCCGCGUCCGGCGGGAAGAAGUUCUGGUACAAACUUCGAUUGGCGAUGCCGCCCGUUCGGCCAAUCAGCUCCGAAAACUGCCAGUCCGUCGCCAUGAUCGUGCAGGCGAACGGGAAAUGCGGACAACAGAAGGCUCGGUCGCGGGAGAGCCUCGAGGUCCUCGUUUAAUUCGAAAACCAACGGGAAAGUCCUGUGGGAAGUUUGAAUUUUCGCGCGCAAAUUGACCGCUGCUUGAAACAGUUACGGCGUUUUAUAAACGCAUGCGAUGACUGCCACAUCACUCGCAUAUGAGUGACACUUAAAUUGAUACUUAAGUUAUUGAUAGAACUUGUGUAUUUGUUAAAAAUGCACUUUCCCAAUGAAAAAUUCUCGCGUUAAUAAAUCUGUGAAAAUAAAUUAAUUAUAUAGAUCUGUAGAAAAUAAAUGUAAUAAUAUAUUGUGAAAGUAUUUGGAAACAUUUAUACAAGAUGUAAUUGAAAAUUAGGGUGGCAGUCAGCGUGAUAAGGUUUAAAUAUUCCCGCGCUCUGUGAGUAGUUCGAUAGUCGAGCGCGGUUCGAGAACCGCAAGUGUCAUGGCCGCCGACGCGCGUUAUCGUUCGAAGUUCGUUCGAACCGGCGUUUCGCGUUUACUCGUAUGCAUUUUAACCGCGAAACGUAAUUUUAUACGAUAAUUGGUGUUUAUUUGUGUCUCGGUGGCCGAGUUUGAAAGAAUCUCGCAUCGAAACGGAAGAGAAUUCGAACGAAGCAUCAUAACCUCGACAGAUAUGUAAAUCUCCGAGGUUCUCGAUGGCGCAAACACUAAGUAGAGGGCGGUGAUGCGGUGGUUAUGAAUCAGCUGUCAAAACAGAAAUGACCGAAAAAGAAGUUGGUUAAGUUGCGCACGAGUUACUUUUACAAC